CGGGAUGUAAGAUUAAACGGGUGGUUUUGAAAAAAAAGGUGGUUCCCUUGCUGCACCGGGCUGACAGCAGAAAGACGCACAGGUAGCCGGCAGUAGCGCUGAAGGAUCUUGUUAGUCUACCUAGCGACGCUUCCCUCUCUUGCGUGACGGGAUUGGAGAGUGCGCUCUGGAGGUGCGAGCCUCGGCGAAUCCACCCCGCUCCAUCAUCAUACUCCGCUCAGGUCACCUCGGCGCUCGCCUGUCGGCAUUUUCCAUCUCCAGUCUCCGAAGAUGAUACCUGGCAAACGAAGGGCUGCAGUCAUGUCCUUCUCGGUGGCGAUAUUUGGAGCCCUGAUGCUGCAGUCCGUCUCUUCCCAGAACGAGCCGUCAAUCACCGCCUCCGACCACAUCACGCUUCCUAUAGAAGGCGACAGUUUCACACUGCAGUGCAACCUGACCAGCGCCCACAGUGUCCACCAGGAGAGCUUCUGGACGAAGAACGGAGAGGAGAUCCUGGAAACACGCAGCACAAAUAGGAACACUGAGUACAGGCGGAACAAACCAAGAGGAGACGAUGCCGGAGUGUACAUGUGUGUCUACACCUUCGAGUUGGCUCCUCCAGCCAACGCCACCAUCGAAGUUAAAUCUGCUCCUGAUAUCACAGGCCACAAGCGUAGUGAGAACAAGAAUGAGGGUCAGCGUGCAGUGCUGUACUGUAAGUCUGUGGGUUAUCCUUACCCUGUCUGGACCUGGCGCAUGUACGACAACGGCAUUUAUAAGGACAUUGACAACACAACCGGUCGCUUCUUCAUCAACAGCAAAGACAACUACACCGAGCUCCACAUUAUCAACCUGGACAUCAAUUUAGAUCCAGGCGAGUACCACUGCAAUGCCACCAACAUGAUUGGCACCCGCGAGGAGAAGAUCGUGCUGAGGGUUCGCAGCCACUUGGCCCCCUUAUGGCCUCUCCUGGGGGUUUUGGCCGAGAUCAUCAUCCUGGUUGUCAUCAUCGUUGUUUAUGAGAAGCGUAAGAAGCCAGAAGAUUUACAAGACGCUGGACCCGUGAAAACUAAUUCAACCAACAACCAUAAAGACAAGAACCUCCGCCAGAGGAACACCAACUAAGCAGCCUGUCUACUGAGUUUCAUUACACAUGUAUUAACCGUAUGAAGGUAAAUAAGAAGGGAAUCCAUACCCGUUGUUUAUAGGAUUUAUCCACCAUUAAAAGUAUGGUUGUGGAGGAGUUAAGUGAGGCAUGCCUUAUGAUUUUGUUGUGUGAGGGUGCGAGGGCAGGAGGUACUCAAACCAAUAUGGAAUUAACAUUAUAACCAUUGUUGCUGCAUGCAGUUGUUGACGUUUAUGAUUUUUCCCUCUUAUCCACUAAUUUAAAUAUUUUUACUAAAAUAAUGCAUGCAAGAUGCUGACCUUCUGUUUGAAGGCAGAAAGGUUUUUUUUUUUUCCUUUUCUCUGAGAGUGGCUUCAUGUAGAUAACCUGUGUAUUCUAGAGGAAAAACAAUACUCUGCAAUGUAAAAGAAAAUGCCACCAUAAUCUGGUAUGACAGUUGUGUAUAGUUUUAUCAUCCUGCUGCAUACCAUUUUCUAAGUUUCAUCAUUUUAUCAGACUAUUACAUUCUAAGGGCUUUGCAAUGUCCCUCUAAAUUUGAUUAAGGUUUACUUUACUGUAUGUACUGUAUGUGUUAAAUCACUAUAACUAUGUAUCAGAUCAGCAUUAAUAUAAAGACUUCAUAUUAUACGAUGCACUUAAAUGUUGAGAAUAAUGAAAUACUGUAUAAACCUACUUUAGGAGAUCUGUACUAAUCAUUCUAAAUGAUUGUUUUAUAAUUAUGUGUAUUGUACAGCAUGGCUAUUAUCCUAUGCAAUUAUUAUCCAUAUCAAUAUAUUGAAAAUCAUUGCAGCUUUUGAUUUCUCUGUGACAAAGCUUUAAACUAGUAGGAUCACCGUAGAGCGUUGAUGGCAUACUACACAGCUGCAUGAAUACUCUACAGCUGACGUGGGAGGAGGUGAAAGAAGCCCACGUCAGGACUGACACAUGUGAAGCAAUUGCAAGAUCCCGACUCAUUUUUAAGAAUA